AUGGAGAACUCGAGUUCGUUGUGUGCUACUCUCAAGAUUUGGUCGGAUCAUGAUUCGGCGGCAUCUUCAUCCUACCAGAAGUGGACGACUUUGUCUUGUCACAAUAUCAAGCCGGAAGAGAAAUUAAUUGAUUGCCUGCUCGUCAACUUUAUAACGAUAACGGCUCAGAUAGUGAGGAGGAACUUUCAGUGCAAGACUCGCAUUUUAAUGUCGUCUGGACUCGAGGCAGCCGAAAAACCUCGAAGCCCUCAAGUCGAACUGAGCGCGUAUCGCUAA